AUGAACAGCUUCAAUUCUUGCUUUAUGAAUGAUAUCAGUUUUCGCUUGUGUAUCUUGAGGCGAGAGACGAACUUUGGCAUCUUGAUUUGGCAGAUUGAACUGCUGUCAAGACUCCAUCACUGCCAUGUGGUGCCAUUACUUGGGUACUGUUUAGAAUACCAAUACCACACAAAACAGCCUGAAAUGCUUUUGGUGUUUGAAUACAUGCCAAAUGGCAACCUGAGACAGUGUCUGGAUGGGGUUUCAGAAAAAUGUCUAGACUGGGGGGCCCGCAUUGCAGUAGCCAUUGGAGCUGCUAGAGGGUUGGAAUAUCUUCAUGAAGCAGCUGCACCAAGAAUCUUGCAUAGAGAUGUUAAAUCCACUAACAUUCUAUUGGAUGAAAACUGGAGAGCAAAGAUUACUGAUCUGGGAAUGGCUAAGAGUUUGGUGAAAUGA